AUGGUUGAGGGUCCGGGCUGUAAGCUCCACGCAGAGAAGCUGCGGGCGCGGCUGCGGCGGAGCCAGGCGGUGCGGAGCGCGCGGGGCAGCGCCCUGCCAGCCACAGCCAGCAACGCGCAAACUGCUGCAAGUGAGGAGAGAACCUUGGGUCAUGAUUUCCUUGUUGGAUGUGUUUACAGGGGAGUGCAGACAUUGGGAAAGGAACUUUUUAUGUAUUUUGAUCAGAAAGCUUUGAGGGUUCACUUCGGUAUGAAUGGUUCCAUGUGCAUUAAUCCUGAUGGAAAAAAAGACAGAAAUGGAGCACUACCAGUUUUGGAGAUACAGCUCACUGAGGACACUGUCUGUUUUUUCGAGGUGACAGCAGAGUACAGAAGUGCAGCUGAGUGUGAGCAGAAAGUAAGAAUGAUGGAAAGCUUGGAUGUCUGCUCUCCAAAGUUUAGCUUCUCCAGAGCAGAAACUGAGAUUAAACAGCAGAAAAACCGUAUGCUGUGUGAUGUGUUACUGGAUCAAGCAGUAUUACCUGGAGUGGGAAAUAUCAUAAAAAAUGAAGUACUUUUUGACAGUGGUCUUUGUCCAGCUGUUGAGGUUUGCCAACUGUCAGACGAGCAUGUACGUCACUUGGUGAAAAUGACACGCGAUUUUACCCUGCUUUUUUAUAAGUGCCGCAAAACUGGGUCUCCACUCUACAAACACUACAAAGUCUACAAGCGCUCAGCCUGUGCUCAGUGCAGUGGGAAGAUCACUGUGUGUCGUUUAGGAGAGAACAACAGGAUGACUUACUUCUGCCCUCAAUGUCAAAAGGCAGAUCCCCAGCUUAUCAAUGUUAGCAAACUUCCGAGUAGAAAUAGCCUAAUUGGCUGGGCUCAUGGCAGGGGGUCAUGUUCUAAUGAACACAUAGCAAAGAAAUCUGAAGAGGAGUGGACGUGUGUGCGCUGUACCCUAAUAAACAAACCUUCUGCUGAAAUUUGUGAUGCCUGUUUGACUUCAAGGCCUGAAGUUCCAAAGACAGAGAAUUUUGACGAUUCUGCAGCCUUAAACUUAAUGAAAUACCCUUGUAAUGAAUUUGGAAAACCAAGCACAGAAAUAAAGAUCAAUAGGAAAGCUGCAUUUGGAACUACAACCCUUGUCUUAACAGACCUUGGUAACAAAGCUGUUUUGAGAAAUGAUACCCAAAUGUCUGAUGGACACUCUCCAUGUGCUGCUCCAAAAAGUAAUUUUAAUCAAAUCCAAAACAAUGUCUGUGAGUCGGGGGUAAGCAUAGACAAGGACUGCGCAACACACGUAACUGCUACAGCUUUGUCUUCCUGUCAGCAACCUCUCUCUUUCAAACACAUACAGAAGAAACAGAAAGUUCAUCACGUACCCUCAGUUCACCAAUAUAAUACAGCAACCAGCACACCUCAAGCUAACGUGACAGGUGAUCUUCGUAUGUUGAACACGGGCCAUCCCUGCUGCAGCAAACAUAAACGUCUCUGCAGCCUCAGAGUUGUGAGAAAGCCUGGAGAGAACAAGGGCAGGCAGUUUUAUACCUGUCCUCUCCCCAGAGAAACUCAAUGUGACUACUUCCAAUGGGCUGACCUGCAUUUUCCAUUUUGUAACCAUGGCAAACGAUGUGUUAUGAAGACUGUGUUGAAGAUUGGUCCCAAUAAUGGAAAACGGUUUUUUGUUUGUCCACUUGAGAAGGAAAAACAGUGUGGCUUUUUCAAGUGGGCAGAGAAUGGGCCAGAUUUGCAGGCUAUUCCUUGAUGGUGAUAUUCUAUUAUCUGUUCCUCAGAAUGUCUUAAGCACACAACUUUCCUAGUCAUUGCUCAUUUGGUUUGGUUUUGUCUUUUUCCCUGUUCACAGGUUAAUUACUAAAAUACCUCCAACAGAACUGCAGAUUUGGAAAGACUAAUUGUCCAUAGUCCUAUUC